CACUUCUCUUCCUGCAGUCUCUGAGGCGUUCCUCUGAUGUGGUCCUAAGGAUCCAUCUUGGAGCUCCGGACCAGACCCAGGCCCUGAAGACCCGUCAGAACCUCCUGAUGGAGACCAUUCAGGAGGUUCUGCUGACGACUCGUGACCUUUGACCUUCAGCUGCAGAGAUGAGUGUUUGUGAAGUGAAGGAGGAGUUCUCUGUGAGGAAGAUGAAGCUUCCUCUUCAUGGCUCAGGAGACCACAACGGGAACGCUUUCCCCGUCUCCUCCUCCUCCUCCUCCUCAGAGUCCCUGCCCGGUGGCCCGCUGGACUACGAGCUGCUGGAGGUCACCCUGAUGACCUCGGACACGGUGGACGUGCUGCUGUCUGAGUGGGAACCGCAGGGGGCGGGGCUUAACCAUGAUGAUGAAGAGGCUUCGUUGGGAACCGUUCCAACUGAAACGUCURUUUACCUGGAUGCAAACACCUGGACCCAUGACCUGACGCUGUCCCUGAACACAAACAGUGGUUACCAUGGCAACAGUGAGGAUGACAACCGCGGCUCCUCCACACCGGACUCUGACGCCACGGAGAUCCCUGCUGCUGCUGCUGCUGCUGCUGAUGAUGAUGAUGAUGAGGAGGAGGAGGAGGAGGAGACUCUGUUUCUGUCGGUCAGCUCCAACAUGUGUGUGAUGCUCACACAGGUAAAGCCAGGUGCUGAAGGGGCGGAGCUUCAGGACUGGACCUGCUGUGCCCUGAAUGCUGCUCCUGGUUCUGCACCUUCAUCCUACAAUCCUCUUCCUCCUGCUGAGGAACCAGAACCACAUGAGACCCAAAUGGCACCAAGACCCAAAGCAUGUGGUCCGAAACCGUCCAGCCUGGAGGCUAAGAGGGUCCCCAGACUGGACCUGAGACCUGCAAAGACUAAGGCUGGACCAGGGACCAAGUCUUCUCCAUCUAAAGCUCCUCGUCAGAACAAACCGGUUCUGGUCGGAGGACAGAGACCCGGUCCUCAGAAGGACUGUGGAGCGAAGAAGAACUCGUCUGAAGGUCCGGUCCGCUCUGUCGUCCUGAAAUCCAACAAAGAAAAGAAUUUAAAGUCCAAAAACCCAGAAGAUCCUGAGAGCAGAAAGAUGUCAGUCCACUGUCUGAGGGACCAGGGACAAGGACCCCCUCCUGCGGGGGACCAGACCGGACCUGAGGAAAAGGAGCAAGCAGACGGUCCUGUCAGGAGGGUCUCCUCCAGGACCGGACCCGAGGCCAGGCAGCAGGACCGGACCACCAGGGUUYCUCUAGGAUCCAGGACCAGACCUCCAGGACAGGAGGGAGAAACUGCCCAGAGUUCUGCUGAAGGAACCAGAGAGGGACUGGACCAGGACCAGGACCAGGACCAGAGUGUCCUCUCAGGUGUCCUCAAACCUCGCUCCAACCCUGAACCACCAUCCUCCAUCACUCUCAGCCCUGCGGCGUUUCAUCCCAAACCCUCAGCCAAUCAGGGGACAGCAGGACAGCUGGCGACGCCCACAGCCUCCAGACUUCCUGUUAAAGGUUUCCUGCCAAGCUGCUCGUCAGGAAGCAUCAAGAACAACGCAGCCAGUAAAGACCUGAGACCUGAUGAGGGUCUCAGCAGAGACACACGUCGUGCAGGCAGCCAGUGGGCCAUAGAGACCCCCAGCUGUGGACCCCCGUCCCCCAGCAGCACCAGUUCUCCCAGUUCUGGUCCGAGGCCUCCUGCUGCGAGGAGCAGAACUCUGUCUCUGCAGACCAGGACAUCAGCUGCAGGUCUGAAGUCUCCGACAGGCUCCACCCACGUCACGACAAAGACAGCUGUCAAUCAAGUGUUGGUGAAGACGUCACCCAGCAGCGCUCAGGGUUCAUGGAGGCAGAACGUCCCGCUGCAGAGACCCGGGUCGACCAGAACCAGCCGAAAGAACAGCUCAG